UCUUGGUGGGGUUUCAGAGGACAGCAGUCAUUUUUUUUGCUCUUUCAGAUCAAUUUAGAAGGAGAUGGGCAGUUGUCAGUUAAAUAUGCGCUGGUGUUAUGGACCCGGAGCUGACAUUGUCUGGUGAACCUGAAGAAGAUGGAGCUGUUCGGCAAGAGACGCAAGGAAUGGCGGGAAGGAGCAAGCGUGUGCGUAAUGUUAAUUCCCGUGUGAGUGGGCCAGAAUGGGCCGUGUAACCAGUGCGUGUGUAUGUGUCGGCUUGCAUGUCGGCGGCCCAGCUUCUGGAAGCUCGUGGAAGAGCUCAACUCCUUUAAAACUGUAGCACAUACAACUUUGCCAGUUGGCUUGUGGAUAAUAGGAGAAAGGCGGCGGCGGCGGCGGCGGCGGAUUCAGUUGAAUCGCCGACGAGAGUUCCGGUGAAAUUCGUGUCGUGUUCGAUUGAUCGUUAGGGUUCUAACAAGUUGGUAUCAGAGCGCAACAUCCCGCGUAUUCUCUCGGUUGGCCGGUAAAAAUUCCUAGAGCAAGGUGGGAGUUGAUUGUUCUGAUCGAUUCCGCAAAAGCUUUUGCUCCCUUGCUCGGGUUCGACUGAUUUGGAGAGCGAGCAUUGAGCGUUCCAUCCUGGAGAAGCCAAGGUACUUCACCAAGCAGGCGAAGUCGAUCAUGGAGCAAGGUGACAAGCUUGAUUUGCUGUUGAAGAAGAUGGAUGAGUCCGAGCACAAGCGGGAGGCCAUGGAACAGUGGAGUCGUGCGGAUUUUCAAGCUCUGAAGAAGGCGUUGGAGACGCGGGUUCCAUUGGUGCAGAAGAAGGUCGAUGAACUGGGCGCUUCGGUCGAGGAUCUAACCAAGAAGGUAGCCGAUAUACAGGACAGCUUGGAUGCAAAUCUGCUCCAACAUUCUCCAAAUCCGCAUCAGCCAUCUGGAACGAAUCAAAGUACGUAUGAUUCUCCUCCUUUCGUUUCACCGUCUUCUGGUGCGGUCAGUACCUCGUGCUUUCAUCACGGUCAGCUAUUUGCAUCUCCCAUGAAUUCUUCGGUUCCACCUAUGUCUUGCCCUCAGUUUGAUGGAGAGUUUGAUGGAGAUAAUCCUCAUAUGUGGCGUAGUAAUUGUGAGUCAUUUUUUGAUGUGUAUGGUGUGCAUCCGGCUAAUUGGGUUAAGGUGGCUACGCUGCAAUUCGUUGGAUUAGCUGCUUUUUGGUUACAGUCGGUUCGUUCUCAGUUGUCUAGUGUGACUUGGGAGGAAUUAUGUGCAAGGGUGUGCUGUAAGUUUACUAAGGAUAGACACCAAAAUCUUAUUAGACAAUGGAUUCAUCUGAUUCAGACUGGCACUGUUUCAGAAUAUGUGGAAAUUUAUGAUAGUGUGAUGCAUCAAUUGUUGGCCUAUGAUGAAGCUGCACCUCCUAGUUACUCUGUGACUAGGUUUAUUGAAGGUUUGAAGCAGGACAUACGGGUUGUGGUUAUGGUACAGAAACCUCAGGAUUUGGACACUGCUUGUUCACUGGCUUUAUUGCAGGAAAAAGCAGUUGAAGGAACCAAACCUACUUCAUUCAGAAGAGCUGAGUCAGCUUUGGUCCCUAGGGCAGUGAAAUCUGGAUUUCAUUCCCAGAAUUUUAGAGGAUCUACUUCUUCCAUGGAUGAUAAGAAAACUGUUGAUCCUGUUAGAACUCAGUCUAGAGAUGACAAGAUCACUGCAUUAAAAGCUUAUAGGCGAGCUAAGGGUUUAUGCUUCACUUGUGGUGAACGUUGGGGCCGUGACCACAAGUGUGCUUCCACUGUUCAGUUACAUGUAGUGGAAGAGUUGAUGCAGAUUGUGCAGGAGGAAACUGAAUCACCUAAGAAUGUUAUCCUGGAAGAGCAGACUGAUUGUUUAAUGCAUCUGUCUCUUAAUGCUUGCAAUGGUACAGUGUCUGCUCAGUCCUUCAGGGUUAAGGGCUGGCUUCAAGGAAUUGAGUUGUUGAUGCUAGUGGAUUCUGGAAGUACACACUCUUUCUUGGAUAAGCAAUUGGCAGAUCAACUCAAGGGGUUAACAUUGUUGCCAGCUGCAGUUAUGGUUAAGGUGGCUGAUGGAGGUGAAAUGAAUUGCACUCACUAUUUGCCACAGUGUGAAUGGUGGUUGCAGGGUCAUCAGUUUCAGAAUGACUUCAAGGUUUUACCAUUGUCUGGUUAUGAUGCAAUACUUGGAAUGGAUUGGUUACAUCAGAUGGGACAAAUGACAGUUAACUGGGAAGAACAGUGGAUGCAAUUUCUUUGGCAUGAAGGGGUCAUUAAUAUUCGUGGCAUUCAAGCUAGAACUGACAAAUGUGAUCAAAUUUCAUAUUUGCAGUUGAAAGGACUUAACAAAAUGGGAGCAUUGAUGCAUAUGGUGCAAUUGUCGGCUGUAUCGGUUCAGGAGAGUACACCAGUUUCGGAAUCAAUUUCAGUGGUGUUAUCUGAAUUUCAGAGUGUGUUUGAGGAGCCAAAAGAAUUGCCACCUAGGAGGUUAUGUGAUCACCAGAUUCCUUUACUUCCGGGUUCUAAGCCAGUGAGCAUUCGGCCAUAUAGGUACAAUCCUGCCUAGAAAGAUGAAAUCGAACGACA